UUCACCCCCAAAUUCCCGCACUUGAAUCAGCAUCAUUGGGGGGCAGAUAAAACCCUACAAAACCCUAUCUUCAGUCGCUUAGCUCUAAAUUCACAAGCAAAUCGUGUGUAUUGGAAUCGGAAUCACAGUCCUGUGUGCCCUAUACAUAGAGAUCACAAUGGAUCACACGGCGGAGCAAGACCAAGAGCACGAAGUUUACGGUGGAGAGAUACCGGAUGAAGGAGAGAUGGACACCGAUUUUGAGAUGUCCAGGGACGAAGCGGAAGACGUUGAAAAUAAUAGCUCUAAGGAUUUAGAGGAUAUGAAGAAGAGACUGAAGGAGAUUGAAGAAGAGGCAGGGGCACUUCGUGAAAUGCAGGCGAAAGUUGAGAAGGAGAUGGGUUCAGUUCAAGAAGAUCCUUCCAGUGCUGCUGCUACACUGGCUGAGAAGGAAGAAGCCGAUGCCCGUUCGAUAUAUGUCGGUAAUGUAGAUUAUGCAUGUACACCUGAGGAGGUUCAGCAGCAUUUUCAAUCCUGUGGAACCGUAAAUAGGGUGACAAUAUUAACAGACAAAUUUGGACAACCAAAGGGUUUUGCAUACGUGGAAUUCGUGGAACUCGAAUCUGUUCAGAAUUCGUUGCUUUUGAAUGAAUCAGAAUUGCAUGGGCGUCAACUUAAGGUUGCUGCUAAGCGUACCAACAUUCCUGGGAUGAAGCAGUUCAGAGGGAGGCGUCCCAACCCAUACCUUGGUUUUCGCUCACGAAGGCCUUUCAUGCCUGGCCCACCAAUGUUUCCUCCAUAUGGCUACGGAAGGAUUCCAAGGGCCAGGAGGCCAAUGUGGUACCGGCCAUAUUGAUUGACGACAUUUUGGUCAGUAUGGUAGACGAAUAGCAUACCAUUUUGCCUGAAAGCUCUCUUAUUCAUAUUUUACAUUUACAUACCGUGGGAACGCAAGGGGUUGGGAUUUUAUUGAACCUUGAGUCAUGGUGUGUUUGUUAUAGUUGGAAAAAAUUAUGAGAGAUUUUCGUCUAACACAAGACUAGCUAGAAACGGUUUCGUUACUACUCGUUGUAAGGCUAUGGUUCCUUGAGGGUGUAAGGUUAUGCCUGUCGUUAAUGUUAACGAUGGCGUAAGGUUAUGCCUGUCGUUAAUGUUAACGAUGGCGUAAUUGCUAUUACUGCAACCUUGUGACAUUUUUUGUGGUUUGUUUUUAUAAUUUGUCAUCACUACUUUCAAGUUUUUUUGAUUUCUGUAAUAUGUUACAUUACAAAGGAGACUGCAAUAAUGAGAUGGGUGUUUUAAAUUGGUU